CUCCCUUACUUAUAAGGCAAUUUAACACACGAAAUAAAAAAAUCACGACUUUGGUGUAAAGGUUGACGAUAAGCAGAAAUCAUGGGUCACCAAACAGGCUCAAAGUAUGCGAAUACUUUCAUUUAGGUUAUCAUAAAUGUGAUUAUCUAGAUUACAAGAUAAUUAUUCUCGUGUAACACACUGGUACUAUACUAGUUCUUUAUGAAGAUUUAUUAAAAGUAAUAAGGGCGUACAGGAUGUAUGAUAUUUAAAAAUAACAUGAACAUAGGUAAUCGAACAGAUUAAGGGAGAGACUGCAGAUACAAAUUAUAAGCCGUAGACGGGUUGGUAGUGGUAGUAAUGCAUAUAGUGAUGCAUAAAAGUAAGAAAAUGGCGCGCCGGGGAGAUGAUUCAGCACUUUGGGAGUUGAACUCGGCAGGCAGAGAUGACGGUCUUGGCAUUUGGGGAGUUGAUAUACUGUUGCAGAUUGGGGUCUUUGCGGUACUGGCAGAAACAAUUCUUGUGGCCGUCGAGACUCUGGCAACAGGCGCCGGUUGGGGGGGCGCUGGACGUGAAAGCACCUAUGCAAGGGUACAGCUCCUCCACGUUGCAUCCGCCGGCGGCACCGCCUACCACCGCCAGCAUCACUACCAUCAUCAUCACCAUAUUCUUCUUCAUUCCAUCCAUCCUCUUCUUUUCUUUCGGUGCCGUUUUGCCUUCACAAGUUCGUCAAUUUAUACUCCCCUGCAUACUUACUUAUGGGUGGUGGUUAACUUAAU